AUGACAAAUUGUCCUACCGCUGUUGCCGACUAUAACAGAUUUAUGGGAGGAGUAGAUUUGUCUGAUCAAAAGAUAUGCCUAUAUGAUUUUGACAGAAGAUCUACAAAAUGGUGGAAAAAAGUAUUUUAUAAACUUUUGAUGACAGCUGUUGUGAAUGCACACAUAUGUUUCAAGAAACCAAACAUAGGAAAAAUACCUCUCUUGCAAUACAUUGUCCCCCUAGCCGAAUUAAUGAUUGCUCAUGGCAAAGAAAAUGCAAUUGUCAAGAGGAAGAAAUCAGGUCGACCGUCAAAUGCAACAAAAAUGAUGUUGAAUGUUGGAGAUCAUUUGCCAUUAGAAGGGCCAACAAGAAGAAGAUGUGCCCGCUGUGCCAAACAAAAUAAAGAAACCCGAACAAAAAAUGUUUGCGCCAUGUGUAAAAUUGCACUAUGUAAAAAACUGUUUUGCAAUGUACCAUACAUAGAAAUUUCAUAA